CUCACUCUACCCACCAAAAUUCCGCACACAAUCUAAAGUUCACAAGGACUCUAGAUUAACACUCAUUUUCACGUUUUCAAAAGAAACGAAAAAGAUUUUAAAUCUGUAACAAAGUCUAUUCACCCCCCCCCCCUCUAGACUUUGUAUUUCACCACUUGGGGACCACCAAUUGGUAUCGGAGCUGUCUUCUCACUAUCUACGUUUAGAUUAACGAGAAGCGAUCAAAAUGGUGAACAAUAUGGAUCACGGUUUGCCCAAGUUUUCUCUUCUAGGUUAUGAUGAUUGGAAGAUCAUAAUGGAAGCACACCUCUACGCUCUACAUGAUUGCAUGUGGAUGGUGCUUGAGGAUGGACCCUUGAAAAUCCAAAUGGAGAAUCCUGAGAGGAAUCCAGCAACUCCAGACGUAGUCCAGUACAUUCCAAAGCCCAAGGAAAAAUGGGAUGAUAGAGAUUGCAAAAAGCACAAUCUGGAUAACGUUGCCAAAGCAGCCAUCUUCAAGACACUUGACCCCAUCACCUUCUCCAAAAUUAAGCACCUCAAGACUGCCAUGGAGAUAUGGCAAGGUCUUGGGAAGCUAUGUGAGGGUUCAGAGGACUUGAGAAAGCAGAAGAUAGAAUUCCUGCUUGAGAAGUUCAAAGGCUUCAAAAUGCUUCCCGGAGAAUCAUUUGAUAUGCUGGAUGAAAGAUUCCACAAAAUCUUGAAUGAUCUUGUAUCACUUAACCACGUUCUUUCUCCCAAAGAAAAGAAUGUAAGGUCGCUGAGAUCUCUUCCAACUGAGUGGUACACCAAAGCCACAGCCAUGGAAGAAGGAAGAAAUCUGGAGAACUACACUGUCCAAGGUCUUCUUGAUGAGCUCGGAACCUAUGAGCACGAGCUGAAGAAGAAGAAGGAAGAACAAGUCACUCCCUUCCCCACGGCACUGAUGACAGCUCCAAGAGUACCAUCAAGUGAAGGGACAUGCCCAAGGAACUGUGACACGCCUUCCUCCAGUCAGCCGUCAAGUUCAAAAAUGGAGAACUACGAUGAGGAAUUUGCCAUGAUGGUCAAGCAAUUCUGGAAGUUCAAAAAGUUCUUCAAGAAAGCUGACUUAGUCAAAAGGCCAUCCAAGGGAAAGCCACAGGUAAGUGACUCUCCUCCUGAAUCUUAUUUGUGUUACAAUUGCAGGAAGCCUGGCCACUGGAAGUCAGCGUGCCCGUACCCAAAAGUGGAGAAGUACGGAGAAAGAGAAAGGAUCGAGAAGAAAAAGAAAGCAAUGGUUGCUGCUGAAAGUGACGAGUCAUCCAGCUCAAGCUUGGAUGAAGAAGCUCUCAUCUGCAUGGAGCGCAGAGUUGAAAAGUCCAACCAUGAGGAUAGGUGGACUAUGUCAGAAGAUGACACUCUCUGCCUAAUGGCCAAAGAUGAUGUUGAUCAAGAGUUCAAAAAGAUGAUGAAAGACUUUGAGGAGAUAAAUCUCAAACAUUUUUCCUUAACAGAGGAGAACAAACUAUUGAGUGAAGAGAAUCUCAAGUUGACUGAAGGUCGGAAAAGUCAACUGAAUGAGAUCACUCAACUCAAGACUGAAAAUGAAUCUCUCUCUGAAAAGGUGAAAUCCCUUAACAAAGAACUAGGGACUCUUAAGUCCAAAGAAGCAGUGGAUAAGCUUCUUGAAACGACCAAACAUAAGGGUCGUGAAGGACUUGG